AAAAGAACAACAUCCUAAUUUCAGAAUAUUUUCUUGAUUCUAAAAAAUGAAUAUCCCCCCUGUAAUCUUGAAUGCUAGUGCUCGUCACACUGCUACUCUUGUGUUCCUUCAUGGACUAGGAGAUACAGGUCUAGGAUGGGCAGGAGCACUCAAUACAAUCAAACCAGACUUUUUAAAGGUGAUAUGUCCCACUGCUCCCAUGCUUCCUGUAACCAUAAAUGGUGGAGCGGCUAUGCCUGCCUGGUAUGAUAUUACUAGUCUGGAUGAAAAGGAUGAAAAAAGAGAAGAUAGUGCAGGAGUGGAUUGGGCAGUAGAUUACUUGAUGAAUAUAGUCAAAGGAGAAGAGAAGCAUGGGAUUCAAGCAGAUAGAGUCAUGAUCGGAGGCUUUUCUCAGGGUGGAGCAGUAUCAUUACGCGCUACUCUAACCAGUGAGAACCAGUUAGCUGGUUGUGUUGCCUUAUCCUGCUACCUACCUGGAAAUAUCAGUGCUCUCAAGAAGAGAAUUGUAGAUACUCCAGUAUUCCAGGCGCAUGGGGACUCCGAUUCUGUUGUGAGCUUCGCGCGCGGUGCCGCAACAAGUUCGAUCGUUAAAAGUAUGGCGGGAAAUCAUAAGUUCGUCACGUAUCCAGGUAUGGGACAUGAGGCAACACCUGCAGAGUUAGAGGAUAUAAAAAAAUUCCUGCUGGAAACAUUUAAACAGUAAAACCGGUUUUCUGUAUGUACACUGUAUGUACACUGUAUGUACACUGUAUGUACACUGUAUGUACACUGUAUGUACACUGUAUGUACACUGUAUGUACAAUGUAUGUACACUGUAUGCACACUGUAUGUACACUGUAUGUACACUGCCAAGAAAGUAACAAAUGAAGUUCGCGUACUGCAUUGGAGAGAGUUUCAAACAAUCAUUACCAAAAAAUGUGCGUCAAUUUAUCUUGUCUAUUUAUGUACUAUGUACAUAAAAACUUAGAUAUACACUGUACAGAGAGAACCAGAAAACUGUGGAAUAGGAAGACUAAAUUAAAGCAGUAAGUGUAUUUGAUGUUGUUAUAAAGCAAAUGAUUUUACUAUAGACUUACUCAAUCCCUUAAUAAGUGAAAUGGAACUGUUUACA